GAGAGUGUCAGUUUGAAAUGGGAAAGUGCUGUAAGUAAGGAAAACGUAUGUCCAGUGAAAUAUACGUGAGCAUAAGAUAACGCAAAGCGAAAGACUGACAUAAUGCAGGCAUUCUGCAGUGCUGAAGCGUCUUAGACGUGCAGAUAAUGAAAACUUCGAGACGGACGAAAGAAUUAAGAGAAGAUUAAUUUUCUAUCUGCAAGAAGUGGAGUGAAUUGUGUUUGUGAAGUGAAUUUUAUUGCCGACUCCGUUGUGUGUUUAUACUGUAAUUCUCACGUAUCGUGAAUGCAAAAUGGCAGGAGAAAUUGAUACGAAGUUGUACGUAGUGGAAUAUUUAGGAAGCACUCAAAUAGACAAACGAUUUUCAAGACCUAUGGUGCGAUGGGUUAUUGCAGAAAUCAAGAAACGCGGUUUCUCCGAAAAGGUGUGCGUGGGCGUGCAGGACGGGCUGCUGGUGGCGUACUGCCUGUCGGGCCCGGUGCCCGAGGCGCCGCUGCUGGCGCAGCCCCCCGCGGCCGCCGGCUCCUGCGCCCAGGCCUACGGCCCGCGGCUGUGCCUGGCGCCCGGCGACUACGGCUCCUUCCUGUACGUUGUCCGAGACCCCGCCUCGCCGCACCUGCUCACCUGCCACCUCUACCGCGCCGCCGACCCCAGCGACGUGGUGGAGCUCUUCAAUGCCAUGAGGGAGCAGAGCAAGGACCCGGCAGUGCUCGCUGGUGCCAAGGAGCGCUCCCUCAGCAGUGCGGCCGCCCUUGGCCCAGACAUCUCUCCCAGUACGUCACACUACUUUGAGGUCUUCUAUAUCGGAAAAAUCAAAGUGACACACAAGAGGGUUCCUGAUACAUUUAUUGAUGAUGCACUUCAGAAGUUCAGAGCACAUGAAGCCGAAAAAGAAAGACUAAAGGCACAGAAAACUUCUGGGAACAAUAUUAACAAUUCAUGUGGCAGCAACAGUAACAAUAAGACUGAGAGUAGCAGUACUCUAAACAAUGUCAAUGCAAAUAAUAAUAUGUGCAGUAAUAGUAUUGCGGACAGCACCACAAUAAGUAACAAUGGCAAUUGUGUUGCUACCUGUGAUGGAAGUGCAGUUACUGUAGCAAACAGUAAUUCAAAUCCGUCUGUGAAAACAUGUAAAAACAACAACGUGAUUGAACAGAAUGAAUGUAAUCCAGAGGCGAUUAAAAGAAAUGUGCAGGAAGAAGCCAAUUUCCAGGAUAAAUCUAGCUCAGCGGAGUCUCUCAUAACACGUAGCAUGUCUGAUGUAAAUGCUGCAUCAGAAAUUGUGUCAAAAAGAUGCGAUGAAGCUGUUCGUUCAGAGUCUGGAUGUGUGACACCAUCUUUAGAAAAUCCUGUUGCUCCAGUAAAGCAGUUGCCUCCACUGGAACCUAUGCGUGCCAGAGCUGCCUCUGCUGGAAGUGCUCGUGAUUUUCGGAAGGGUGAUAGUGCGGUGUCAUCAGAUAAUCGCACAAUGUUGUUCCUGGUUGGUCGUGUUGAUCUGAGACUUAUCAGUCCUGAUCGCAAGCAGACCUUGCUGCACAAGCAUUUAAAGGAUGUUGCUAGUUGUAUACAGGGUAUUUCAAAUCCAGAGCAUUUUGGAUUCAUUUGUCGUGAGGCAAAUGUAGAAGGCUUUAUAGCAUAUGUUUUCAAGUGUGAAUCAGCUUCUGUUGCUGAUGAUGUUGUUGGUGCUAUAACACAAGCUUUUGUUGCGACAUCUGAAGCUCAGAGGCGAGAAAGGAUGCCUGUGUUCUCAUGUGAUCACUGUCCUAUGGUCUGGUAUAGUAGGCUGUGUGCUGAAAUAGAAGGGCAGAAUGAGAAACGGACACAGACAACAAUUCUUCGAAGGUUAGAAGGCUUGCCUGAAGCUGAACAGGAAAGUAUCCUUACAAAAUUUGGUGGUGCUGAAACACAAGGCUUACAAGAACAGAAUGAGUUCCUGAUGAUGUUGCUCCGUGCCCACUGUGAGAGCAAGCAGGCCAGACAUGUUCACGAUACAGCUGAAAACAGACAUGAAUUUUUGAAUCAGUACUUAGGUGGCAGCACUAUCUUUAUGAAAGCAAAAAGGUCACUAACAAAUUCAUUUGACCAGCUACUGAAAAGGAAAGGAUCCCGUGAUGACUUGGGACCCAUGUUGAAGGAAAUGAGUCUUCCAAGCAAUGCCACAUUGUGGAAGGAAAGUAUAUCAAACACAAGUUCCAGGGCUUCUCCAACCAGUGAACAAGCAGAACCAGUUCCGGACUCUCCUAAUGCAUCCUCUCAGAGAAUGCGUCAUGCAGCAUCUGGUUCCAACUCUGAUCUACAUUGUGCUGGUAUACACCAGAAGGACAGCCCAAUGAAAAACAUAUUUUUGAAAGUGGGAAGUUCACCCAUUUCUCCGGGCAAAGACACUACAGGCAGCUCCCGGCAGUCAGGCUCAUGGCGCCAGUCGAUAUUCGACAGUGUCACACCGAAGAAAAUCAGACCUGAUGGGAGCCCAGUUGUACUCGAUGGGCCGCAGAAACUGACAAAACGUGACCGUGCUGAACUGAGGGCACUUUGGCGUAAAGCUAUAAAUCAGCAGCUGCUGCUCAUCCGCAUGGAAAGAGAGAACGCUCGUCUCAGGGCUCGUCAGGAGGAGGCAACUGUAAAACGCUUGAAACUGGAGUAUGAUGAGAUUGGUUCUUGCGUUCGUGAGCUUGUAGAAGUGUGGGACUUACUUCUGAGCCGGGAAUCAGCAGUUUCAACCCGUUGUGACAGACAGAUGUUACUUCAAGCGAUUAAACAGGGUGUACCAAGGACUAAGAGAGGGGAAGUGUGGCAAUUCCUUGCUGAUCAGUAUUGCUUGAACCACGCUCCUCCUGACAUAUCGAAAUUCCCAAACUACAAUGUACCAUAUGAAGGCCUGCUCAAGCAGCUUACUGCUCACCAGCAUGUAAUUCUCAUUGACCUAGGACGAACGUUUCCUAGUCAUCCAUUCUUCUCAAGGCCUCUAGGACCUGGACAGUUGUCACUCUUUAACCUAUUGAAGGCCUAUUCUCUCCUUGAUCCAGAAGUUGGUUACUGUCAGGGCCUUAGCUUUGUAGCUGGUGUUCUCCUAUUGCAUAUGUCAGAAGAGUGUGCUUUCUUGAUGUUGCGACACUUGAUGCUCCAGCGUGGCAUGCGUCGCCAGUAUGUUCCCGACAUGGGUGCUCUGCAAGUGCAACUCUAUCAGAUAUCACGCCUUCUGCGUGACACAUUACCUGAUCUGUAUGCACAUUUUGACACACACGAUAUAGCACCAACACUCUAUGCGGCGCCGUGGGUCCUAACAUUGUUUGCUUCGCAGUUUCCUCUGGGCUUUGUGGUCAGAAUCUUUGAUUUGCUGUUCUUUGAAAGCACAGAUGUUGUGGUUCGUGUUGCUGUUGCUCUCUUAAAUGAACACAGGGAAGGCCUAUUAGCUUGUGAUAAUUUUGAAGAAAUAAUGGACUACCUAAAAGGAAAGGUGCCUUCUAUUGACAAAGGUACUCUUGAUCGCAUCAUGAAGCAGGUUUUCACAAGUGAUGUUUCAAAACAACUUCAUGAUUAUGAGGUAGAGUACCAUGUACUGAAGGAGGAGAUGGCAUCACCUCGUGUAGACAUGGAAACUGUACAUAGACUUGAGGCGGAAAAUAGGAAUUUAAUAGAACAACUGGAGAUUGCUACAAGUGCUACCCACAGACAGCAACAAACCAUCAACAAGCUGGAAGCGCAAGUUCGAAGCUUGGAAGUGAGCAUUACAACUAUGGGAAAUUUCAUCUCAGAGCUGGUAGACACAAGAAAGGAUAUAGAAAUUCCAGGAGAAGUACGGCGCUUAAUUCAGCAAGUCGCAGUUGUAGAGAGACGCAAGUCUACAACACAGAAACCAAAGAUUGAAGCGCUUAAAACUCCAGCACCAAGUGUCAUUGAGACACCAGCCACAGAAGUUCAGAGGUCGAGUUCUGCUGCCGACGAGCUGAGUUCACAGCAUCAUGGACAUACUCCCUAUCCCCUGAAGUCUGCACUUAGUUCCCCAAAUCUUUCUGCCCGUCUCACUGGAGUGUCAUCACUUUUCAGCAAUACUCACAAUAAUAAUAAACAGCAGAAACCGAAUGCUGUUGCUACCUCCAGUGGCCCUACAAAGGCUUAUUCCCAAACAUCAGACACCCGUCACAUGGGGCAAAAGAUGGCUAAGCCAAAUGGUAUUGUAAAGACAGAGAGACAAAAUGCUCCAGAGACAAUUAAAACAUUAUCUGACACAUCUACAUUGAAAUCUGAAUCCCCUCUGGCAUCCAAGCCAAAGCCCCUUCGGCCGUCUCAGAGUUCCUAUGAGUUGACAACUCCAAUUGUGAAGCUUGUUGAUGACAGUGGUGACAGUGGAAAUGUGACUCCAACAUCUCCCUCCACCCAAGUUCAUCCGCUUGACAGCUGCCUGGGUGUAAACUUUUCCUUUAGUGGGACAACCAAACUGAAAACAAUAAGACCACUCCGUGCAAAUCUACAGCGGAAUCCAAGUUCAGAGAGCCUAAAAAUUAAUCCUGGAACAGACGGACUGGACAUAGUCAAUUUGAGACCGAAGGAACAACAGCCCCUUGUUGUUGGUGUCAAUCCACAGAGUAAUGGUGUUCUCACGAGGUAACCUGAGCUGUGCUAAUGUAAUAUUGUUUAAAUAUAAUGUAAUAUUGUUUAAAUAGCACUGAAAAAUAGUUCAUUUAUUUGAUUUUCAGUUUUAGCUCCAGCUGAAAUGUUAGUAUCAAAUCCCUGAAUCUCAGAAUACCUAAUCUGAUGAGUCAUGUGGUAUUUGCAGUCUGCCCAACAAAAUCGGGGCAUUUCAUAUUGGUAGUGUUUGCAUAAUGUAUGUUCACUAUUUACUGAUUUAUUUCAGUAUAAAAUCAACAGUAAGUGUAUUUCAAACUGAAAAUGGAAUUGAGUGUCUGCUGAGGCAGAUAGUUGGUUUAUUCAGUGACUCACUAAUGCGUUUUUUAUUAUUUGUUCUAUUUCUUGUUUCUGGUGCAAAUAGAUUAUGUCUAUAAUGUAAAUGAUGUGUCAAAACAGCGACUUGCUAGAAGUAUUAACCUAUGUCCAUUCACUCAAGCUUUAACCUUGAAGUUCACCUGCAGUGUUCCUCCUCUUCCAUCUCCAAAUGUUACAGAAAUCCAUCGAUCUUCCAAACUGAAUGUAUUUACCUAAUUGUCUUCCUUAUCAAAAUGUAGCCACAUUCCAGAAACAUUGAUGAAACUGAAUGAAUAUGUGAGUUCUAAGCAUCUAAGAGGACAGGCCGCACAAAUUAUCAUAAAAUAAAUCAUUGUUUUGCAUGUAUAUGUUCCCCAUUAUAAUUUUGAGAAUUUGGGAUUUGAAAUUCUGUUCAGCUCUAGUUUUCAUACAAUUGUAUUGGCAGUUUUACUUUUCUAACAUUUCCUUCCCACCAAGCAUAUCAAUUUCUGCCCUGCAAGAUGUGAAAAAUGACCAAGGCUAGUAAAAACCAUGUGAUAAAUGUUUUGAAUCUUGCCAGUAUUGAAACAAUACACAUCAGUAAUGGAAUUCAGCUACUGAAACACAUGAAUUCUCUAAAGUUUAGUAGUAACAUCCAGUUUAACAUUUUUAUUUCUGACACCAUGACUGAGAAGUCCUGUGGCUUUUGUGAAACUGGUUUAUAGGAUUGUAUUAUGAUUUAUUUGACAUUUUCAGAUUCAGAAUAUUUAUUUUUGUAGCCAAAAUAUUGAUAUUAUAGUGAUAGUGAAAUGUAUGACAGUUUUUUCAGAUGCCAGUAUUUUUCAUGGCUUUAGAAAGGUUAUAAAAUGCAGGUCAAACCUGAGAUGUAUUUUUUUCCAAUAUUUGUAUUUCAGACUAUAUUUUUCAUUGUAAAAACUCUUCUUUAGCAAAAACAGUUAUCCAGAAGUAACUAAGAUAUAACUUUAAUCUUGUUGUCAUUAUUUUUUGAAAUUUUAAGUGAGAAAAGGAAAGAUCUCUGUUACAAAUUGUUUCUGACACAUAUACAGUAUCGUUAGUAUGUAAAUAUACUAUUGUCAAACCUUGUACUUAACAGUUCUGUUAACUGUAAAGUAUGUACAUGUAUAUAUAUUUGUGUGUGUGUGUGUGUGUGUGUGUGUGUGUGUGUGUGUGUGUGUGUGUGUGUGUUUUUGAGACAAUGGCUUCAGAUGUACAAGACAGUAAGGAAAGUAUGAAAAUGUGUGUGAUGUGGGGAAUACUUGGUGUGAGCAAAUUCAUUUUGCUGUGUGUACUAUGGCACCAAAUAGUCAUUAUGUCUUAGUUGAAACUGUGAUUCAUUACUGUUGUUAGAUUGUAAGAUAUAUUAAUAGCAGUAUUCAGAGAGAAUGAUGACAUGUUGUUGUUUGCGUGUUACCAGUAACUCAGUGUAGUAUGUGAAACACAUAUCUAUACUAUGUAUGAUAUUUACUUAAUAAAAUUUUUAUUUCAGUUUUCAA